AGUGGAUUCCGAGAUGUCAGUUGUAUAGCUGAGUAGAUUCAUGGCGAUUGACGCCCAUGGAAAGCUUGGAGAGCUCUAAAAAGAACGUUCUGACACGUUAAACUACGUUUGGAUAGAUAUAUAUACAUAGUGAAAUCCUCAUGGAAAACUCAGUUACAGAUUCACAAGGGAAGAGGAAACGUCCGGACACGGUUUAGCAAACAACGAUUUGACCUCAUCACUGUGACCUGUCCCUACAGAUAUUUACUACUUUGGACGAAGAAGAUAUUUGUUUGUUUGGAUCAUCGAAACAUUUAAAACUUGCCAUCAUGAGCGCCCACGAGUCGGAUGUGUACACCCUCGCCCCCGAGAUGCCCGCCAUGUUUGAUGGCGUGAAGCUGGCAGCUGUUGCCACGGUGCUCUACGUCAUUGUUCGCUGCCUGAAUCUAAAGAGUCCCACCGCGCCCCCUGACGUCACCUACCAGGACACAGCCCUCAACCGCUUCCUCCUCAAGUCCUGCCCCCUGCUGACCAAAGAGUACAUUCCUCCCUUGCUGUGGGGUAAGAGUGGCCACCUCCAGACAGCCCUGUAUGGGAAGAUGGGCCGUGUCAAUUCCCCCCACCCCUGUGGACAGAGGAAGUACCUACCCAUGCAAGACGGGGCCACCUCGACCUUUGACCUCUUUGAGGCUCUGGGGGACCAUCCGACAGGAGACGACAUCACCAUGGUGAUAUGCCCGGGCAUCGGUAACCAUAGCGAGAAGCACUACAUCCGUACUUUCGUAGGCCACUCUCAGAAGCAAGGCUACAGGUGUUCCGUGCUCAACCACCUGGGAGCCCUGCCCAACAUCGAGCUGACCUCCCCUCGCAUGUUCACCUACGGGUGCACGUGGGAGUUUGCCGCCAUGGUGGGCUACAUCAAGAAGGCGUACCCCCAGACCCAGCUGAUCGUGGUGGGCUUCAGCCUGGGGGGCAACAUCGUGUGCAAGUUCCUAGGGGAGAGCCAGGCCAACCAGGAGAGGGUCCUGUGCUGCGUCAGCAUGUGUCAGGGAUACAGCGCUCUCAGGGCCCAGGAGACGUUUCUGCAGUGGGACCAGUGCAGGAGAUUCUAUAACUUCCUCAUGGCCGACAACAUGAAGAAGAUUAUCCUCUCACACAGGGGGAGCUUGUUUGGAAGCUCGACCAAAAUGGAGGACGGCGAUCUGAGCAGAUUGUUCACAGCCACGUCCCUCAUGCAGAUCGAUGACAACAUCAUGAGGAAGUUCCAUGGACACAGCUCCCUGAAAGAGUACUACGAGAAGGAGAGCUGUGUGCAUUUUAUUCACAAUGUAAACGUGCCACUGUUGCUGGUGAAUUCUGCAGACGACCCCCUGGUGCACGAGUCACUGCUUACCAUUCCUCGCACACUAGCAGAGAAAAAGGAGAAUGUGAUGUUUUCCCUUACACUACACGGGGGCCACCUGGGCUUCUUUGAGGGGGCGGUCCUCUUCCCCCAGCCGCUCACCUGGAUGGACAAGGUCAUCGUGAGUUACGCCAAUGCCAUCUGCCAGUGGGAGAAACAGAAACCACCGUGCCAAAGCGGGCUCCUAAAUGAGAGCCCCUGCCCAGAGAAGAAAGAUUAACUGCUCACCCCUUUCUCUCUCUUUCUUUCUUUCUUUUUCUUUCUUUCUUUCUCUCUUCCUCUCCCUCUCCCUCUUUCUCUC